ACAGUGUCUGGCCUGUGAUUGGCUCCACAGCGCCCCGCGCGGCCGACACAAACUUUGUAGGUGGUGUAGUUACUUCCUGUUUGUCCGGAGCAGAUCCUCCGGUGUCCUCUCGGUCCUCCUCUGUUGUCUCGUGUCUCUCUGUCGAACUCAUCUGUCCUUUGUUCCGGCUCGUUUCUGCUCCAUCAGCCGGACCCUCACAGAACCACCGGCUAACGUGAACCCGCACCGGGAGGACCUGUAUCCAGUGUCCGGGACACAGCGCACAGAGCCGGGCUGAGCUCGCAUGAGGAGCCGGUGUUUGUGUGGUUCUCCUCCGGUCCUGAUGGAUUUCACAUAGACUGCUGCUCCUCUCGAACCGCGAAUAAUGCGCCGUCUGGUGCUAAUGCUAAUUAGACUCUCUGCUAAUUAGCUUCGUUGCUAACCAUCUAGUCUAACUAGUCAAAUUAGCUAACGCUGCCUGACCUCCUCGACAUUAUCUCCGCCUCUUAAAGUGCCUGUUUUUUAAAGCUAGUUUGGUUGAAUCAGUCAAAGCUAAAGGUGGCUAGCCUCGGCUAAACUGGGUUUAAAUGUCGUUUGAGUUUUAAAUGUUGAGUUCAGAGGUUUGAGACCAGCUCCUGUGUGGUGUUUAUGACUUGAGUCAGUAAGUUUUUGAAUGUAGUUUGGUUGAUGCAGGCAGAGAGCUGAUCUGGAGUCAGUCUGUAUCUUUAAUGUUCACAGUUUACUUUAGUUUACUUUAGUUUAGUUUUGGACUUUUUCUAGAUGAGGUUUUGAAUGUGAGCUUGUCUGGUUUACAGAGAUGAUCCAUUUCAGGCAGUUUCUGUUUGUAACCGUUCAAUUAUAGUUUAAGUUUGUUUAAGUUGAUUUCAGACCAGGUUUAAGUUUAGACAAGUGAACUGAUCCUGUGUUCAGCCGGGUUAAAACUGACGUCUAGAAGCAGAUAGUCCCUGUUGUAGUCACAUGUCAUUGUUUGGUUGACUUCAGACCAUCUCUGGUGUAAAUCCAGACUAGAUGUAGUCUGUCCUGGUUAACACAGGUGGUGUUGGAUCUGAGGUCUUUGUUGGUGUUUGACAAGUUUGUUCAAGUCUAGACGGGGUUUAGUCCCAGUUUUAGCUCAUGAUGGCAGAGCUCCAACAGACUCCCACCUCACUUUGCUGCUGCCGUAAAUCCCUGCCCGUCUCGGGGGGCCGGUGUGUUGGGGACUCUGGCCGGCCCUCAGCGAGUCCGGGUCCCGGGUCCCCGCGGUGCCCAAUGGUGGAUGUGGCAUCGGCAUCAAACUUCCGCUGCUUCCAGCUCCAACACUUCCAUCUGGACCUGCGGCUGAACUUUGCUGUGAAGGAAAUGAGCGGCUGGUUGGUUCUGGACCUCGUCCCGAUCCAGCCGGGGGUCCAAACCCUGGUUCUGGACUCCCACUCCUCACUCCUUAUCCACUCCAUAGACUCCAAGGUCCCCGGGGUCGGACUGGAGGAGCCUGUGUCCCUGACGUACCGGGUUGACCCGUUCACAGACUACGGCUCCUCACUGAACAUCAGCCUGCCGGCAGCAGCUGUGAAGCCGGGCCAACUGAUCCAGAUCACAGUCCGCUACACCACCACAGAUGGGCCUGCGAUCUGGUGGCUGGACUCAGAGCUGACCUGUGGUCAGUCUCGUCCUCUGGUCUUCACUCAGGGUCACUCGGUGUGUAAUCGCUCCUUCUUCCCCUGCUUCGACACACCGGCUGUGAAGAGCACAUACACGGCGACAGUCAGGGUUCCAGACGGAGUGACGGUUCUGAUGAGUGCAUCUCGGAGCUCGUACUCCAAACAGGACCGGGUCUUUGAGUUCUCCAUGGAGUUUCCUGUUCCGUCCUACCUGGUAGCGUUGGUGGCAGGAGAUCUGCAGCACGUCGAUGUCGGCCCACGGAGUCGGGUGUGGGCGGAGCCAUGUCUGCUGGCGUGUGCGGUGAAGAAGCUCGGGGGCAGCGUGGAGCGCUGGCUGGGCGUGGCUGAGGAACUGUUUGGACCGUACCUGUGGGGCAGGUGUGACAUCGUGUUCCUCCCCCCCUCGUUCCCCAUCGUUGCCAUGGAGAACCCCUGCCUCACCUUCAUCAUCGCCUCCAUCCUGGAGAGCAGCGAGUUCCUGCUGAUCGACGUCAUCCAUGAGAUCGCUCACGGCUGGUUCGGCAACGCUGUCACAAACGCCACCUGGGAGGAGAUGUGGCUGAGUGAAGGCCUCGCCACCUACGCUCAGCGCCGGAUCACCACUGAGGCUUACGGUGAUGCAUUCACCUGUCUGGAAACUGCCGUCCGAUUGGACGCUCUCCAUAGACAGCUGCGUCUCCUUGGAGACAACAACCCUGUGAGCAAACUGCAGGUCAAAUUUGAGCCAGGUGUGAACCCCAGCUGCCUGAUGAACCUGUUCACCUAUGAGAAAGGUUUCUGCUUUGUUGCGUACCUGUCGCAGCUCAGCGGAGACAUCAGACGCUUUGACUGCUUCCUCAGGGAUUAUAUCUCAGAGUUUAAGUUUAAGAGCGUCGUGGCUCAGGACCUCAUCGACUACUUCCUGGGUUACUUCCCCGAGCUGAAGGAUGCUGCUGUCGCCCAGAGAGAGGGUCUGGAGUUUGAGCGCUGGCUGAGUGGUUCUGGUCCUCCUCUGUACGAGCCCGACCUGUCAGCAGGCGGCGCUCUGACGCAGCCUGUUCAGGAUCUGUGUGUUCUGUGGAAGAGCAGCGACGGCCGCGACCUGCACACCGUGUCGACCUUUGACCUCUCAGCCUGGAGCACCUUUCAGAUCGUCCUGUUCCUCGACCGCAUGCUCGACCUGUCGCCUCUCACACACGAUGUGAUGGCGGCUCUGUCUGCUUGUUACUCGUCUCUGUUUGAUGGUCUGAACGCUGAGGUUCAGAUCCGCUGGCUGCAGCUGGUCGUCAGGAACAGUUUCUAUCCUGAACUGCCGCGAGUACGAGCCUUCCUCCACAAACACACCUCCAGGAUGUACACCGUGCCGCUGUACGACGACCUGGUUUCUGGGGUGAUGAAGUGUGUUGCUGUGGAGAUUUUUAACCAGACUCAGCGCCGCCUGCAUCCAAACCUCAGACGGACGUUACAGCAGAUCCUAUUCCAGACCAGCACUGCCCCGCCCAAUCAGAACGGGCCCGCUGUGUCCAUCGUACCCCCCUCCCCGUCCCCACAGCUGCAGCCCGCCGCCGCAGCAACUGCCUCCACCGCUGCCAAGACGACGGCUGCCAUCGCUUUACGGGAUGUCAAUGUCUCCGCAUGAAGUCCACCUGUCCUGUCACCUGCUGGAGGCUGCGAUUGGUGGCAGGAAGUCAGACUGAUGAUGUAAGCUGUUGCCAUGGUGACACAAAGUUUGAUCACUGAAGAAAUAAACUCCGACAGGAAGUCCACUCCAGAGAUUUGUCUAGUCCGACUCGUGGAGGAGGAGUUGGGGCUGUUUCUGAUGGGGUGUGUGAUCAGUCAUUGGUCAGUCAUUGAUUAGUCAUGUGACGACCUGCAGCUCACUGGACUGCUAACCCUAACCCUGAUUGGCCGAGUGUCCCAGCAUCUGUUCAGAGUUUAAAGAUUGAUGUUUUUAUUCUUCUGUGCAAUUUAUCUGAUGACUUGAAAUAAGAUGUGGAGUUUUGUUGAUUCUGAUCUGUUUCUGUUUUCUUGCUUGGUCGUAUUGAUGAUUGAUCGUGUUGAUGAUUGACAGCUCAGAGGCUCAUUUCUGCCAAGAAACAGAAAACAGAAGCAUCAGAGUCGCUGAUGAAUCAGAAAUUCUGAAUUCAUCAUCAGAAAGUUUGUGAAUAUGUUUAGUGGACUGAUGAGUCAGCAUUUUGUUUCCGCUUCAGUGAUGCCUCAACAACAUGGAUGCUUUUAUUCUGAAGGUUAGUGCAGGAAACGUUUGAGUGAGUUAGUCUGAUAGAAGUGCUGAUCCCCCUGAGGUGAGCCGGCUCAGGUGAGCCGGCCCAGGUGAGCCGGCCCAGGUGAGCCGGCCCAGGUGUCGGUCUUCAUGUUCACUGACUAUAAUUAGAAUGACUCUGAUUUGAAUCUUUUGUCAUCACCGGCUCUGUCGCAGAACUGAGCCUCUGAACAGAACUCGUGUGAUUAUUUUACUUCCACCUUCAGGCUCUCACACCUGCUACACAUCUGUGGGUCAGGUGUGUGCGAUGUGUUCACUGUCAGCUCGUCAAACAAACUGCUGCUUUAAUAACUGAUUAACAUGUAGCUGAACUGAACAAGACUCCUCGUUAACUCUACCUCCUGAUUCUAACAAACCUGUAGACGACGGCUCGGACCGCACGCUCCGCCGGGUCCGAGUCACCUGACAAAGAAAGAAACCAGCGUCUUCACCUGAGUGGCCUUAGUGCUGCGUUCACUGCAGCUGGGAACUGAGAGGUUUCAGUUCGGCUUUGUCUUCAUCCCUUUAAUGACUGUUUGAUCUCCAAUCAGCAGCAAUAAUAAAGAAUUCAGACAGAAACUGAAGAUCACUUAGAACAGCUGACAGACAGGAAGUGAAGCCCCAGGAGAAACUGUCCUCAGUCUGUGAUCAGCCACACACGCUUUUAUUUUGUUAAAGCUGCCCUGCUCACACUGUCUGCUGGUGAACUGAAUCAUUGAUCCUGAUCACCACGUGAUGUCACACUGAUGAGUCUUCGAUCAGCUAAUAUUAUUUCUGUUUUUGGAACAAUAAAGAUUUGAAGCUGGGACAUCUGACGGCUCCCAGCUGUCAGUGAACGCCUCUUCACAGAAAGUUUGUAAUGAAUGUUUGACUACAAAUAAAAACUUGAAAUUACA